GUUCUCACUUACCAAUGGAACAUUCCAGAGAGAUCUGGCCCUGGUGUCAAUGAUUCUGCUUGUGUUUCUUGGAUCUACUAUUCUGCAGUGGAUCCCAUCAAGGACAUGUACAGUGGCCUGGUGGGACCCUUGGCCAUCUGCCGAAAAGGCAUCCUGGAGCCCUACGGAGGAAGACGUGACAUGAACCGAGAAUUUGCCUUGUUAUUCUUGAUUUUUGAUGAGAACAAGUCUUGGUAUCUGGAGGAAAAUGUGGAAACUUAUGGGUCCCAGGAUCCAGGCCGUGUUAACCUACAGGAUGAGACUUUCUUGGAGAGCAAUAAAAUGCAUGCCAUUAAUGGAAAACUCUAUGCCAACCUCAUGGGCCUUACAAUGUACCAAGGAGAACGAGUGGCCUGGUACAUGAUGGCGAUGGGACAAGAUAUUGACCUACACACUGUCCAUUUCCAUGCAGAAAGCUUUCUCUACCGGAGUGGAGAGAGCUACCGGGCAGAUGUAGUGGAUUUGUUUCCAGGGACCUUUGAGGUUGUGGAGAUGGUGGCCAGCAACCCUGGUACAUGGCUGCUUCACUGCCAUGUUACUGACCAUGUCCAUGCUGGCAUGGAGACCACAUUUAUGGUCUUGUCCCAAAGAGAACACUUAAGGACUACCACCACCAUCCCUGAAGAGAUUGGAAAAGUAGCGAUUCCCAGAGACAUUGGAGAAGGCAAUGUGAAGAUGCUGGGCAUGCAGAUCCCUAUAAAGGAUAUCGAGAUGCUGAUUUCUGUCUUGAUUGCUAUGGGUGUCAUUCUCCUGCUCAUUGCUCUGGUUCUCUGUGGUGUGGUGUGGUAUCAGCAUCGUCAGAGAAAGUUACGGCGCAACAGGAGGUCCAUCCUGGAUGACAGCUUCAAGCUUCUGUCUCUCAAGCAGUAACAGCUGGAUCUUGGAACUGCACAUCUGGAAUAUACUCUCAACAGGCCGUGGACUAGCAGCUGACAUACAUUUAAAGGAUAUGGGUUGUAGAAAAGGCAGAGGAAGGAAUCAAACUCAUUUGAGUAUUUCUUCACUUAUUUAUUUGUAUGAAAAUUGUAUUCUUUCUUUUUCUUUAGUUUCUUUGUUCCACUUGAGCAUCUGGGGCUGAGUCCCCUAGAACCUCAUAUCACAAAUUUCAAUAGCUAGAUUAUAUCACCCGCUGACACUUGAAAGAUCUGGUAAUUUCUAAAAGCUGAAACAUUUUCUCACAAAGUAGAUGCCAAAUGUAAGUUUCAUUGAUUAAGUCUCUACUGCUUUCUAGAACUUAAGCAAGUUUAUUCUCAACCAAGGCUAAGUGAGCUGUAACAAUAAUCCAUAUCUAAGCAUGAUGGGAAAUAAGUGAGUUAGGAUUUAAAGAUCCAAAUUGUAUUUUUACUUUUCUUGAGAGUGGACCAUUUUUGUUAAGUGAGUAGAUGCAAUAUUGCUGCCAAGAGCAACUACAACCUCUGGAUACAGAAACUCCUCAGGAAGCCAGUAUUCCAAGUCCUUGGUACAGUUGCACUGAAGGGAAUGUUGAGUGUCCUCUCCAUGCUUUCAUCAGAAGAUUCUACAUAUUAAAGUGCUUGUUAUAACACCA